AAAAGAAAUGGUGAAGUGAUAUUGAGCGCAGGAGCUAUUGGUAGCCCACAACUUUUGCUUGUAAGUGGAGUCGGGCCGGAAUCAUACUUGUUAUCACAAAAUAUCACCGUCGUUCGUCAUCAUCCUUUUGUUCGACAAUUCAUGGCUGAUAAUCCACGUACCGAGAUUAGUCUUUUGGUGCCUUUUCCGUUGGCUGAUAUUGGAUCCCGAGUGGUCGGGAUCACAAAAGAAGGCCCGUUCAUAGAGACUGUUUCGGGUGUGGCUCCGUUUUAUUCUCCUGCAAGCACCAUAAUUUUCCCCUAUCCAUAUGCGCCACUAAAUUUAAGCAUCAUAACGAUUGUGGCCAAGUUUCUAAGACUUGCAUCAGUUGGAAUUCUCGAUUUAAAAUCUGCAAGCGAUGUUACUGUUACUCCAAAAGUAUCGUUUAAUUACUAUUCGAGCUUAGAAGACCUUCGACAAUGUGCUAAUAUGGUGAAUGUUUUGGAUAGAAUGUUAAGAACACAAGCCAUGGAGACAUACAAGUUUAGUGACCGUGACGGUCGAAAGUAUUUUCAGUUCGUUGGGUUUUCCUUACCUGAAAAUCCAUCAAAUGAGGAAUCCSUGGAGGCAUUUUGUCGUAACACGUUACGAACAUUUUGGCAUUUCCAUGGCGGAUGUUUGGUCAACAAAGUCGUCGAUGGUGAUUUGAAAGUGAUUGGAAUUAACGGCUUACGAGUCCUUGAUGGUUCGGUGUUUUCUGAUUCACCAGGAACAAACCCUCAGGCAACUCUCAUGAUGUUAGGGCGGUAUAUUGGCAUAAAGAUACACAACGCAAGAGGAUAACAAUAUAUACAUUCUUGAACUA